AUGAACCCUUGGGCUCCCCUCACCACCCAGGACCUAACUCUCCAACCAUCUCACGUCACCGCCUACCUCUCCAGGGAGCUCCUCAGGAAGGCAGAAGAAACAAAGAAAGCGUCUGAGAGGAAAAGGAAGACGGUACAUGUUGUGAAGGAGAGGAACUAUGUGACGUAUAACUACGUAGUGCCCGAGGCAGCGGAAGAUGGCGACGAUGACAACACUCUCUCCAGCAUCCUGGUGCGAGCAAUGCACCGCAAGACAAAGAGGAAGGAGAUAGAUGAAGCCAUGAAAAUCAGGCGUCUGGAAGACGCCAAAAGGAAGGUGGAUGAGGAAAAGAGGCAAUGCGUGGAGGCCAGGAGAAGGCAGAGUGACAGACUGAAGGAGAUAAGAGAGACUCACAGGUUGCGGGUCAUAAAGGAGGAGCAGUGGAGGGCGAAGGAGGCGAAGCAGGCGAGACUCAACAGAUUGGCAGAUGUCUUCCGCAAGAAUCUGCUCCUUCGUCACUACUUCGGUGGCUUCAAAAAACUUGUAGAGAUCAGCAACGAUAACCGAGCCAGAGCGAGAAGUCAUUACCGGCUCAAGAUCAUGCAAAAGGCUAUGUCGAGGCUCGUAAUCCACCGAGAUAAAGAACAGCAAUGGAGAGAACACCUGGCCACCAGCUUCCACCGUGUAUGUGUUCUCCACAAGUUCUUUACCCAGUGGAAAGAGCGGACGGCAGCGCGGGCCGAACAAAUGGUGAGGGCUGGGGGGCACCACCGUCGGCGUCUUCUGCGCCAGUACCUCUGGCUCUGGCGGUGGGCGGCGCUGGACCAGCUUCUACAGCGGCGAGCCGCUACACAACUGGCAAGGCAGCACUAUCACAGGAAGGUCCUUCGCCGGGGAGUGAGGAGUUGGAGGCAGUACCUGGAGGACCGGCGGGCGAGGAGACAACAGGACCUGGUGGCUUCUCGCCUUAGGUUCCUCGUCAAGAACAUCAUCCCAGAUUUCUCUCCAGCAUCCUCUGACGACGACGACGACGGCGGCGGAGGCAGUGCCAGUGAAAGGGACGACAGAUGGGAGGAUCUGUUGGCAGUGAUGACUGUUUGAUACAUGCCAGGCAACCCAUGUUGUCUGUGACAGUCAUCACAUGUGGUUAGUGUCAGUGUGUAGAUGUAGUUAGUGUCAUUAUAUACAUGUGGUUAGUGCAAGUAGAUAUAUGCUCCUAGUGCCAGUGGGUUAAGGAGUGCUGUUUCUUAGUGUCCGUUGGUAGAUCUAGUUAGUGCCAGUAGAUAGCUGUAGUUGGUGCCAGGUGUCUCUUGAAUUUACCUAAAUUUACCUGUGCGACACUAAUACUCUAGUGGCCUCGAUGAG